AUGAUCACUAAUAAAUUAUUUAAACCAAAACUAGAAUCAAAAUAAUUUAAUGUUAGCAAAAAGGUAAGGCAAACAUGCUGUUUUUACCCACAAAGUUUAAUCAUCUGUUAUGAUUUAAUAAGAAAAAUUCCUAUACCAUUAAAAGGAGUUCAUUAUUUUUUAAAAGUUUAACCUGGUUUUGUAAUAGUGGAAUUAAAAUAAACCUAUUCGACUUAAGGUUAUAACUAACCAAUAGAACUAGAAUACUUAUUUUCAAUUAAUAAUAAUGCAGCAGUAACUAAAAUGAUUGUUGAAUUAGGAGACAUAAAGGUUUAUGGGAUUGUUAAGGAAAAAGAGGAAGCUAAAUAGUAGUAUGAAGAUGGAAUAAAGUAGGGAAAAACAAUGGCCUAUAGUGAGUAAGAUGAGGAAUUUCCUGAAAUUAAAAGAGUUAAAAUUGGAGCACUUGCUCCAAACAAAUAAUUAAAUAUCAUUUUUGAAUACAUAUAACCUUUGGAUGUUGUUUUGAAUAAAUUAUGGAAGGUAGAAGUUUAACCAAUGGUUGAUAACAACUAUUUUAGCCUUAAUCAACAAAGCUAGAGAAUUUAUAAUAAUUAUUUUGAAAGACUCAACAGAUAUCUUGAGAAACUUGUUAAUAUUGAUUAGUUUGAAUACAACUUUAAGCAAGAUAUUACAGUAUCAAUAGAUAUCGGGUCUCCAAUCACAUAUUACAAAUGUCCAACCCAUAAAAUUUUAAGCGGAAAUGCUAAAAAUGAAUACGCAAAGCAAGAAAUUGGUGAGGAUAAAUUAAAGAAAUUAUAUCUUAUGUUGGAGGAUACACCAUCCAAUUUUAUUCCAACAAAAUAAUUUACGCUUCUAUUUUCAAGUGAUGAUAUAAAUCUCCCUCGUUCAAUCUUAAGUCAUACUAAUAACGAUGCUUUAUACACUUAAAAAUAUUGUGCUACGUUGACUUUUAUUCCAAAAUUUAAUUAAACAACUUUAGAUGAUGCAUAUUCACAAUAUUUGGAUGGAUUAAAUAUUGCAGAAAAUUAAGUAAUUAAUAGAGGAAAUUACUUAUUUUUUAUUGAUAGAAGUGGAUCGAUGUCUGGUGUUAGAAUCAAAAGAGCAAAAUAAUCUUUAAUUUUGUUCUUGAAAAGUCUACCUGAGGAUUGCAGAUUUAACAUCAUAUCGUUUGGAACAGUUUUUAGAUCUUUAUGGUCGGAUUCUAAGUAAUAUUCUCAAACUACAUUGGAGGAAGCCAUAAGCCAUGUGAAUAGUAUGGAGGCUAAUAUGUAGGGUACUGAGAUAUUUAAACCAUUAUAAGAUAUCGUCUAUAAUAAAUAAUAUGGCAAGUCAAAAACAACUACAUUAAAUAUCUUCUUGCUUACAGAUGGAGAAGUUGAUGCUGCUCCUAUAAUUGAUUUGGUUAAAAGAAACAAUUAAGCAGAAACUAGAGUUUAUACUUUAGGGAUUGGAGAGGGAUGUAGUCAAUAUUUAAUUAAGCAGUUGGCUGAAGUUGGAAAUGGCAAAUAUUAGUUUGUAUCAGAUAAUGAAGAUAUAAAUGCAAAAGUUAUUGAUUUAUUAGAAGAUUCAUUGACUCCUUAUUUACAAGGAUUUAAUCUUGAAUCUAAUAUUACUUGUAUUAAUUAAAUAGUUCCUAAUCCUGAAUCUGUUGUGUGUUUGAAGAAGAACUAAGAAUUAACAAUUUAGGUUUUAUUUUCAGUUUAACAAGAGAAUGAAAAUUUAUAAUUAACUUUGAGUUGCUUCGAUCCAUAAGAAUAAAAACCAAUUCAAUAUUCUGUUUCAUUAAAUUUAAAUAAUUCUUAAGAAAAUGAAUAUUUUCAUAAGUUAGCGUCGCAUAAAUUUAUUUCAUAUUAUGAGAAUGGUGUGAAAUAUGGAGAUAACCAUUUAAAUUUUAUCAAAAUCAAUAAGGAUACGAUAGAUGAUCAAGAUAUAAUUAAUACAUCUAUAACACAUCAAAUAUUGAGUUCUAAAACAGCAUUUGUAUGUGAAGUCUGUGAUUUAGAAGAUCAAUUCAAAUAGCAGAUGAAGUAAAAAGUUUAUAUCACUAUGCUGGAAUAAAAUAUUAGGUAAUAGAAAAAAAUGGAAGAAAAAUUCCAAGCUGCUAAACUAGAAGGUUUGGCAUUUUGCCCAUAAACAUUUAUACCCUCAAAAAGUUCUAUGAUGUGUUUGCCAUAAUCUCAAUUCACUUCAUUAGCCACAGUUGAUUCUAGCCUAAAAAAAAAAGAGGCGCAAAUUAGAUUUAGAUAUGAAGUGAACAAUAUACAACAAAAAUCAAAGCAAUUAUCAUAAAAGAUCACAGAAGAAAAGAGAAUAAAAAAAUAGAUAGAGAAAGAUAUCGAUAUUGAAGAUGAAUUGGAAGAACGUGAAUAAUUGUAGACUUAAGUUAAAAAGAUUGAGUACGAAUAAUUAGUUUCUUAUUCACAAGCUGAUGGUAGCUUCUUAUAUGAUGGAUAAAUAGAAAAGUAAAUAAAUAUUGAAGGAUGGAAGAAUGAGCAAGGCUAUCCAUAGAAUGUCUGGCUUACUUUACUUGCUUUGCUAUAUUUAGAUUAAUUUUGUUUGCAAUAUAGAAAGUCAUGGCAAUUAGUGUACUAAAAGGGAAUCUAAUUCCUAUAAAAGAACGGAGUUUCUUAUAAGUAAUUAAAGGAAACAGAACUAAAUAAGCAACAUUUAUGAU